AUUCCUCCCACAAAUGCUUUGUCCUUUCAGGAAGUACGCAUACUUAAGGCAUUGGUUUUGGGCGAAGAAGAGCGUGGUCAAAAUCUCUAUCAGGUCAUGUGUUUUGUAACGAAAUUCCAAAAAGGUGAUUUUAUAUCAUCCGAUGCUAUGGCCAAACUACGACAAAAGAAUCCCAGUACAAUACGAACGCCCGAAGAGGAUAAAGGCAAGGAAACAUUUACAAUGACCUCAUGGGUGCAUCUCAAUCGUUCACAGCCAAUAACAAGACAUUUGAUGAGUGUGUGUGGUGAGGCGGUAGAUGCAACAUAUGUAAGAGAUGUCGAUUUAAAGGCAUGGUCAGAGUUGCCAGGCUCCUCUAUUUCAAGUCUCGAAGCAGCCACCGAAAAAUUUCCCGAUACCUUAUCGUCACGUUGCAACGAAGUCAGCAGCCUAUGGGCACCCUGCAUUUGUACCUUGGAAACAUGUAUCGGUUGGUAUCCCUGUGGCCUCAAAUACUGCAAAGGUAAGACGGCCGGUGAUUCAUCGGCUGCUGCUGCAGCACAAACAAACUAUCGUUGUGGCAUUAAGACUUGUCGUAAAUGUUCACAAUUCUCAUAUUAUGUACGACAAAAACAGCAAUGUUUAUGGGAUGAAUGACGAGAACUGCAACAAAUGACCCCAUUAUUACAAAUAACAAUAAUAAGAACAAUUCGAAUAAUUACAACAACUAUGACUACAAUUCAUAUUCUAAAUUCUAAUUAUACACCAAUUAAUAUUAUUAUAAUGAUUAUUAUCUUAUGCUCAUUGUACAAAAUUCAAAAGACAAUAAAAAUGAUGAUGAUGUCGAUGUCGAUGUUGUUGAUGUGGGAUUUUCGCAAUAAUCUCCUACACUCAAGUAGUAUUCUAAUUCAAACGAAAAUACUUAAUGUUAAAAUUAAUCGACAUUGUUAUCAUAUCCCCAUAA